AUGAAAAAUUUAAUCUUUAAAUCACUAUCAUUGUACCAUUUCACCUAUGAGAAUGCGUCAUGGCGUAGCGUCACGACUGAUGUCAAGGCAGGACCGAUAUAUUUCUUACUUUAAUAUGCUGCUUAAAGUACACUUUGAAGUUGUGCUGAUAGUUACGUUGGAAUACAAUUAAAUAAAAGUUUCUACCUCGUGUCAUGAUAUUUUUUUGUGUUGGCUUGUUCGAUUCGUGCUAGGAAAAAAGACGCAACUUAACUUCCGGUAAGGGAAGGUUUUACGGCGCAUUUAGGGCACGUGAUCCACGGUAGGUUUUUGCGUUGCGAAUAUGGACCUCUUGUGGAGCUAACGUUCAAUAUACUCGAAGGAUUUUGCAACGGAGACAGUAACUAAAAGACAGAUAAAAUGGCCAACUCCCUGGGACUUAUGUAAAUCUAACAUUUUAGAAGGUUGUUUAUGUUUGAGGGGCUUUUCCCCAACAAUAUAAUUGUUACCCGGUUUCUCUCUGCCUUAAUUCAUAAAACGGCAUUGCUAUAAACAUAUUGCUUAUAUGUGUAUUGAACUUUAAAGUAAGCUAAUAUUAUUAGUUGCAUUUUUGGCAACCAGCGAUCAACUUUAUAACGGCCCACACCAUUUUUUAAAUGCAGACGCCCGUGAUAAAUGACGUCACGGAACACGUGUGGCGGAGAGUCGUCGUUUCUUAGCAACCAGUUUGUUGAACAUGGCGGAGAAGUAUAACGCAGAGACUAUUAUAUCAGACACCCAUAAGAAGAUAAGUAAUGCCUUUGAUGUAUUUGACCACGAAUCUAACAAGACUGUUGACGUUAGAGAAAUAGGCACAAUUAUCCGUUCACUUGGCUGUUACCCCUCGGAAGCUGAACUGCAUGAUAUCAUUGCUGAGCUAGAAGAGGAAGAGCCUACAGGGUUUGUACGCUAUGAAAGGUUCCUUCCAACUAUGACUAAGAUCCUGCUGGAGCGCAAGUUUCGUCCAAUCACAGAAGAUUUGCUUCUGCAGGCCUUUGAGGUUUUAGAUCAACAGAAAAAAGGAUAUUUGGAACAAGAGGAACUGACCAGAUAUUUAACACAAGAAGGAGAGUCCUUCACACAGGAAGAAGUUGAGGAAAUGCUGUCCGCUGCUGUUGAUCCUGAUAAAAAUUUCAUUUUCUACAAGGAUUUUGUCAGCAUGAUGACCUUCGAUGAUCAUCGAUGAUGGCCAAUGGAAUAAACAAAGAAUUACAAUCAAAGCGUUCAAGCAAACCAUACAGUAACAAACAUAAUAAAUAAUUUUAU